ACGCGGCCACGCCAACGCGACCAAGUCCAGUCCACCUCCGCCCGCUUCCCCCAAAACCAUGGCCACGGCGCCUGCCGCUGCUUAGAAAACCAAACAGCCUCGCGCGCGCACAAACAUGGCGCCGCCCUGCUCGCCGCGGCGCCCCAUCUCGGCGCCGUGCUUCCUCAUCUGCUUCCUCCUCGGCUUCGUCGCCGGCCUCUUCUUCUUCGCGCACCGCCACCUCCACCUCGACCACCAGCUCCCGCUGCCCUCCGCUACAGAGGCCGUCACGGACCCGUCCCGCCACCCUCACCCUCACCCGCCGCCGCCGCCGCCGCCUCUACAGCCGAAGCUGCUCCUGGUCGUCACGCCGACCCGCGCCCGCCCGCUCCAGGCCUACUACCUGCGCCGGCUCGCGCACGCGCUCCGCCUCGCGCCGUCCCCGCUGCUCUGGCUCGUCGUCGAGGAUGGCGCCGCCACGGGCGAGACGGCCGCUCUGCUCCGCGGCUGCGGGGUCAUGUAUCGCCACCUAUCCUCCCCCGCCCCCGAGCCGCCCCAGGAGCCCCGCCGCCGGAGGCAGGACCUCCCCGUGGACAGCCGCGCGCGCCGCCGGAACGCGGCGCUCGACCAUAUCGAGCACCACCGCCUGCACGGCAUCGUAUACUUCGCCGACGAGACCAACGUCUACUCCCUUGACCUCUUCCACCACCUUCGCCAGAUAAGGAGUUUCGGCACCUGGCCUGUCGCAAUGCUUGCCCCGGGGAAGAGCAAGACGAUACUGGCAGGGCCGGUGUGUAACGGGAGCCGAGUGGUGGGGUGGCAUACGGCCGAGAAGAGCAGGAGGCUGCGUAGGUUCCAUGUCGACAUGUCAGGCUUUGCUUUCAGCAGCACUAUGCUGUGGGACACCAAGAAGAGGGCUCAUCAGGCCUGGAACUACAUCCGGCUGCUGGACACGGUCAAGCUGGGGUUUCAAGUGACGACAUUUAUAGAACAACUUGUGGAAGAUGAAACUCAUAUGGAGGGCAUACCAGCUGGCUGUUCAAAAAUCAUGAACUUUCAUCUUCAUAUGGAAGACAGAGAUCUUUUAUAUCCAAAGGGUUGGCAAAUCACGGAAAACCUGGAUGUUGUUAUUCCUCUGAACCAAGAAGGAAGUACACGACUGUAGCUCCUUGUUUACAUUGCAGAUAACCUUCAGCCAUCAGCCAAAAGGAUGAAUGUAUAUCGUCAAGCCACCGUAACACAACAUGCUUCGCACUUGCGAUUUUAGCGAACUAUACGCCAGCGAGCCCAUAGAGUGUGAAAAUGAAAGAUUAGGGUGGGAAAGUGGUUCUUUAGGCAGAGUCAGAGAAAGUUAACUAGGGGACCCUUGUGGAUUGGGUGUACAUACAACAUACAAAUGGAAACUUGCACCUAUUUUUUACAUCUUAUAUGCAAGAUUCUGCUAACUUCUGAUGUCAAUUUUGGUAACUUUACCUUCUGCAUUUGUACCUCUAUGCCAUCUUUCCGCAAGAUACAUGUGAGGAUGCUGUACUGCCACUUUUUAAGGACCUUGUAACGUAUGGGGAGAAAUAUCGAGGGGUUUUGUGUAAAA